AUUUUUGACAUUUGCUAAACGGGAGAGUUUUGUAUAUCAUUCGCUUUGCCCCACUGAUUCAUCUUUCUUUUUUUAAUGUUUAAUCUCUGUCUUCAUUGAUUUUAUACUUUAAAUUCCCAGUUGAAUUGAACAUUUGCCAAGGAAAUUCGAUAGAAAUACCAACAAAUCACUUGGAAUUGAUAGAAAUUGAACGUGAGACAAUAGUUUUUUUUUUAAGUAAAUACAGAAUGGCAAAGAAUACAUCGAGUUCGGCUUUUCGUAAGAUAAAUGUUGACCAAUACAAUGAGGACAAUUUCAAAGAGGAUGAAAUCGAUUCAAAUGGAACAGUAUACACUGGCCCCGACGAUGCUGAAAUCACAAAAUUACUUAACACCGGCAAAAAUGUUGAGGCAUUGAAACUGGUACUGGAGAACGCCCCGUUGACAAGCAAAAAUCAACAAGCCAAGGAGAAUGCCAGACAGUUGACACUCAAAGUAUUGCUAUCAAUCAAAGGCAACCAAAUGGACAGUGCAAUAACCGCAUUAAACGAUGUGGACUUGGUGGAUGUGCUGAUGAAGUAUAUUUACCGUGGUUUCGAGUUUCCGUCGGAUAAUUCCAGUGCACAUUUACUGCAAUGGCAUGAAAAAGUGUACGCCCGAUACGGUGUCGGUUGCAUUAUGCGAGUCUUAACUUGCACAAAUCGAGCGUAAAACUGUGCUGUGGUGCCGGAACGCAAAUUGCGAUAGCAAAGUGUGUGUGUGUGUAUGAGUAUAUGAGACGGAGGCACAAACACUCCGAGAUAAGAUAAACUCAGUUUCAAUUCAUUUCUUCUGUUCAACUUUUUUGGUCACAGUGUGUUUGAUAAACGGACAAUGUGAAUCAUAAUCUUUUUUUUUCUGUGUUUAACAUUUUAUUUUAAUUGUGCUAACACACAUUUUUUUUCCCUUUAAAUAAAUUAUUUUUUUUUGCAUUGUUAGUGAUCCUUCUAUUAAGAAUAAAAACAAGAAAUAACUUUUUGCUGAAUGCAAAUCCAAUCAAGGAAAAUUGCAAUCAUUCUGAAUUGACUGCUAACAUUCUUUUUUAUACGCCAUCGCCAAAUGGUUUAGUCAAUUGCAUUUUUAUGACAUAUUUUUUUUCAUCAUUGAAACAUAAUAAAUUAUAACGAGAAAACAAAGGAAAAGUGAAAAUAAAACCCAAAAUAAUGUAAAAUUGCGCUCAAAUAAAGACGUAAACAAGAUAAAAUAAA